UAUUCUCUGUUUAUAUCAGCUUAAAAAGAAAAAAAGAAAAAAACUAUUCAGCUAUGGCGAUGAGUCAGUUCAGCUCGUGUUCUUCAUUUCCCUUCAUCUAUCACACUCACUUUUUAAAUAACCAUUGUUCGAAAUCCCCUUUUCUUCUACAAACUUCAAAAACCUUUCCUUCUCUCACCCUUUUCGCAUCGCUUCCUCCUCCUUCAUCCCCUAUUUUCCUCCCUUUUCUUCAAGAACCUGAAGAACAAGAGCUACCAAUUGAGAACCCAAAACACCCAAAGCUUGAUGAAGAAGAAGAAGAAGAAGAGGAGGAGGAGGAGGAUAAUCAUAUAAAAGACCCAAUCAUCAGAUUCUUCAAGUCGCGUCCCUCGGCGCCUGACCCACCGAGUCAAGGCAAAUUCUCCCUCCAAAAGAACCGUCGGUCUUCUUGGCACCUCGCCCCGGAUAUCCGGUCCUUACCCGACCCGGAAUUUGACUCCGAACCGGAGCCUGAUAAUGCAGAAGAAGAAGACUUGUUCUCAGAGGCAAAACAACAAAGAGGUUAUACGUACGAAGACUCAACUGAACUACCUGACGGAAUUGUGGGAGAAAUCAUUCGCGCUGCGAGAAACUUGCCGGAGAAUUCUACAUUGGGUGAGUUCAUGGGAGGUUAUCAAGGGAAAUUAAGUGAAAAAGAAUGCUUGGAAGUGUUGUCAUUGAUGGGAAAACAAGGACUUGCUUUGGGCUGCUUGUAUUUUUUUGAAUGGAUGCGUUUGCAGGAGCCUUCACUCGUUACUCCACGAGCUUGUUCGAUUAUCUUCCCUGUGUUGGGGAGAUGGGGAAUGGGUGAUAAACUGAUGGUUUUGUUUAGAAAUUUGCCACAAAGUAAGGGUUUCAGAGAUGUUCAUGUCUAUAAUGCAGCCAUUUCUGGGCUUUUAUGCUCGAAAAGGUAUAAUGAUGCUUGGGAAGUUUACGAGGCCAUGGAAGCUAACAAUGUUAAACCAGAUCAUGUUACAUGCUCUACAAUGAUUACAAUUAUGAGAAAAACUGGGGGUACUGCAAAAGAUUCAUGGCAGUUCUUAGAUAGAAUGAAUAGGAAAGGAGUGAAAUGGAGUGUUGAAGUUUUGGGGUCGAUAAUAAAGUCUUUUUGUGAUGAAGGGUUGAAGAAUGAAGCUCUUAUUAUCCAAUCUGAAAUGGAGAAGAAAGGGGUUCAUUCAAAUACUGUAGUGUACAACACUUUGAUGGAUGCUUAUGGUAAAUCGAACCAAAUCGAGGAAGUUGAAGGCCUUUUCGCUGAGAUGAAAACGAAAGGACUUAUGCCUACAUCUGCUACCUUUAACAUAUUAAUGGAUGCAUAUAGUCGGAGAAUGCAGCCGGAGAUCGUUGAGAAACUGCUUGUUGAGAUGCAGGAUAUGGGGUUAAACCCGGAUGUGAAAUCGUAUACUUGCCUGAUAAGUGCCUAUGGGAGACAGAAGAAGAUGAGUGAUAGGGCAGCUGAUGCUUUCUUGAGGAUGAAGAAAGUUGGUCUAAAACCGACUUCACAUUCGUAUACAUCUCUUAUCCAUGCUUACUCCAUUAGUGGUUGGCAUGAGAAAGCUUAUACUGCAUUCGAGGAUAUGCAGAGAGAAGGACUUAAGCCGUCCAUUGAAACAUACACUGCUCUAUUGGAUGCAUUUAGGCGUGCAGGGGACACUCAAAGAUUGAUGAAAGUAUGGAAGUUGAUGAUGAGCGAAAAAAUCAAAGGCACAUGCGUUACCUUCAACAUCCUUCUCGACGGAUUUGCAAAACAAGGUCAAUAUAUUGAAGCAAGGGAUGUUAUUUCUGAGUUUGGGAAGAUUGGGUUACAACCAACAGUGAUGACAUAUAAUAUGCUAAUGAAUGCAUAUGCAAGAGGAGGCCAACACCUGAAAUUACCACAAUUGUUGAAAGAAAUGAUGGUUCUUGAUUUAAAACCGGAUUCAGUCACUUAUUCAACAAUGAUCUAUGCUUUUGUUCGUGUUCGGGAUUUCAAGAGGGCAUUCUAUUAUCACAAGCAAAUGGUGAAAAAUGGGCAAGUUCCUGAUGUUAAGUCCUACAAAAAGCUCAGAUCAAUAUUGGAUGUAAAAGCUGCAAAACAGAACAAGAGAGAUAAGAGUGCUAUACUAGGUAUAAUCAACAGUAAAAUGGGGAUGGUGAAAGCGAAAAGGAAAACAAAGAAAGAUGAGUUCUGGAAGUAUAAGAAAAGGAACCAUAGAACUCCCGAUGUUGCUCAUGAUGGUCAGAAAUGAAUGCCACCUUUCCGUUACAUGAGAGCUUAAGUUGUUCGACAUAAGUAUUUGGAUAUUGGUGUUGGUCCGUUGGAUAUGAAGAUGUGUCAGGGUAGUACACCGAGUUGAUUUCAUCUCCUCAUAGCACUCUAGGAGAGGCCAUGGUCUUUUAGAUUGGAUAUACAAGUGUUCAUACUCUCUUCAACAUUCUUCAAACAUGUGAGGCAUCUUUUCUGGACAAAAUCGCGAGAUUCAAUGAGGUAAAGGAGAUAAUAUCUUAUAAAUUGGUAUGAACUAUGAUAACAUAUCAUGGGAAUUAAAUGGCUACUGUUAGGUUAUCCUUAUUUAUGUUUGCAUCUCUUUCUAGGCUAACUUUUGCAAAUACUUCUCUAAAUAUAGUAGUUAUAAUAAUUAAUGGAUGCUAUGUACUAUGUAGCCUUUGUAGUUUCUUUUGUUAUUUUUGGGUAAA